GUAUAGUACUUUAGAUACUUGGUGUUUCAGUUCACUUCAUAUAGUGUAAUUGUUAAAUUCCACGUUUAGUUUUGUUAUUUCACAUCCGUUAGGCUUUUAUUCUGAAAGAUGUAACGGACGGAAACGCCUUUGCGCUCCGGUUCGCGUCAGACUUUUGUCAGCAGGUAUAAGGAAGUGUUCAGUCCGGCCAACUAGCCUCCGAAAGACAAAUAAUACCUGAAUAAAACCUCAACCAGGAUCAAGACAAAGUAUGGAGCCGAGUAAAGCACUUCACACGGAAGACCGGGAUGCUCGUGGACCAGAAGAGAAGACCAGGAGGGCGGCAGCACCGGCAGCCGAGGCGGCUCCCCGCCUGCCGGAAGUCCGCCUGGUGGUGCUGGGCUGGAGGUGGCCCGGGAAGAGCCUGACCGGAAACACCAUCAUAGGCCGAGAGGAGUUUCACCUGGAGCGGGCCGCCGAGUUCUGCGUGAAGAGACAGACGGAGGUGCAGGAGCGGCAGGUGACCGUGGUGGACACUCCGGGCUGGUUCUCGGCCCAGGAUACGCCCCCUUCCUACAAGGAGGAGUUGGUGAGGGGAGCCUCUCUUUGCCCCCCGGGCCCGCACGCCUUCCUGCUCGUCAUCCCCGUGGGCAUGUUCACGGAGGUGGAUCGCGCUCGCAUCGAGGAGCACGUGAGCCUCUUUGGCCAGCGUGUGUGGAAGCACACCAUUGUGGUCUUCACCUGGGCCGAGGUGUUGAAGACCAUUUCCAUCAAGAGGUACAUUCACAGGGAGGGCAAGGAGCUGCAGUGGGUGCUGGAAAAGUGCAAGCGAAGGUACUUUGUCAUUAAUAACAGCAUAUUCGGGGAGGAUCCCCAAGUGGGGCGUUUGCUGGAGAAAGUGGAGAAGGUAGUGGCAGAGGAGGGGGGCUACUACAACCCGGAGGAGGUGGAGAAGAAAACCCUGGACGACAACGCGAAUCCAUCUAGAGAGGGACGGGAGCUGGGGGCUCGACCCAAACAGAAGUCUGUGCUCAGUUUGUCCAAAACCACGGAGGUGGAGCCGCUUUCCAAUUAGAAGAACCCUCUUGGCUGAUGGACCAUCUCAACCAAGAGAAGGAAAGGGGUGACUGACACACUUCCGUGAAUGUAUAAGCCAGUGCGACCUAUUUAUUUGUUGAAUCAGACAUGUUACUGUGUAUUUUAGUCGUGUUCGUUCUUUAGGAUUCUCACUGUGACGAUACCACAGGCCUUAACCACAUAAACACACUUUUCUUUGUUUUUCUUCUGCACUGUCAAAAGUGUACACUGACCUGUUGAAGUUGUUUCUUCGGUUUUGAAGACGUUGUUGGUAAAAUGUCUAGAGGGUUGUGUGACGGGAGGGGUUUGAUUGGACCCAAAGCGAGGCGGCACAAGCUGUGGCCGUCACCAAACCCGAACCCGACGUGUGCACUCCUCAGUCUCAUGUUAACGGCAGAACUGCACUACUAAGCUGUUACUAAUAUUCCCUUAAUGACUGUUGAGGGGAAUCGCUUUUUUUCAGUGAUUCCCAUUUUUUUGUGACCAAACUGUAAAUUGCUUUUGUCGCGCUGCGACGUUUGUUACUCUGUUAGAGCACAGUUAUGAACUCGACGUUAUUGAUUUUGUGUGUUGCCUUAAAAGCAGUGAUCGUUUCCCUUAAAACGAUAUGUUUGUGUUACUGUGGCAGAGGGACAUAUUUAAGGAAAGAAUGCGUUGCAAUGAGGAGCUGCAAACACGAGUUUAUUAACUGAAAGAAAAAUCUGAAACUAUAUAAAUUAUUGAUUGGUAGUUUGACUAAUUUUAAAAAUUUAGAAAGGGAAAUAUUAAACAUUAAUAUUAAGUAAAUAGUUGAUAUCUUUGGGUUUCAUAGUGUUGCUUGGACUUGGUAGCUAUUGCAAGUCAUCGUUUUUUGGGCUUCAGGAAACUAUACUCUUUAUUUCUUGAAUCGACAGGUAAAAUGACUGUUAGCAUGCGCCCGGCAUUCUGUCACUCGCCACGAAGCCGCCUCGCCACGGUGAUGUUCAGGGUCCAGGCCCGUACGACAUCACUGUUGGCUGUGAUUACAGGUGCAACAGAGCACCCGUCUGACCGCCCGAGGUCACGUUAGAGGUGUAAACAGGCUGGAAAAAGGACGAACCUCAAAGGGCGACCGAACACUGCUGGUGUUAAAUUUCUCUUUCCGGGUACGACACCCGGCUUGGUGGAGAACCGGUGACGUCAGCGAGGCGACACAAGCAGAAUGCAAGAAUCUGAAACUGUCGCUGUGUACUAUAAUGGGAUCAGCUGCCCUGGACAGACCCUCCUGUGACGGUUGUUUAUAGGUCACCGUGACGGCUCGCCAGAGGAAUCAGGUGGUGUUCCAAGUCUUUUGCAUUGAUGUGUGUAAAAGACGACAUCCAAAGCUGUGUACUCGGAUGAGACUGUCUCCCAUCGUGUGCACAAAUAGCAACGCGUCUGUUGACAUUUAGUGUGAUACUGAAAUGUGACACAGGACAGCGGCUCGCUGCUGACCUGUUGUACACCAGUGCCUAAACUCAGUAUCACUGUUAAAUGAUUUGGUCAUUUUAGUCACAGGUCUGACAAAAACACGCCUUAAAUAAGCACUUAAACGCUGCUACAGAUGUGGGGCAUUAUGGAUUUGAUAACAGGUUUGAUAAUUAACAUUAUUUCAAAGCGACAUGGAGCCGCUAAUCCACCAGUCAGAAAACAGUACGAUUGCAUAAUACAAUAUACAUUAGUCAAAACACAAAAUAAGAUCAGACGUGUAUGAAAACUGUUAUUGAGCACUCGACCUAAAAUAUAACCCACCUUUGUAGCAAUGUUUUGGAUCGAGUUACUGUCAAAGUCCAGCACGUGUUACUGAAGUUACUCUUUAGGAAUGAAUGAAGGUAACACAGUCAAUGUCUUUUUCUGUAUCAUCUGUAGCCCUGAAACAUGUGUCUUAUUACUAUUGUUUUUCUAUGUCUUAUUGGCCCUCCCUAUCCUUAGAAAUGAUCUGAUGUUCUUUUAAGCACAAAUAAAUCUGUAUUUUGAUUUAA